AUCCACCACCUCCCCUUUCCUUCCUUCCUCCUCCUGCAGCUGCAGAGCUCAAUGCGACCUGCAGAUUCAUAAAACUUGAAAACCCCGCCUACCUUGACAAGCCAGCAGUCUGUUUACGAAAAGUCCCGGCAGCAGCAUGGAGCUAAAGGUAAGAAGCUGCUACACCUAACAGGACAUGUCACGCCGAGCUGCCAACCAGGAGGAGACUUCACAGACUAGAGAGAGCAAACUACACCAGCUCCAUCAUGUAGGCACGUUUUGGUUGACUGAUAUUUGUGCAGCUUGAUCAGGAGCUUGUAGUUUAGUGUGCACUGAUGUUGUAAUAAACACACUGCUUCUGAUUUAUCACCCCACAACCGACACUUUAACACGAUGCGUAAAAGGCGCAACCGGCUGAUUUUUUGUGCGUAAAACCGAAACUGGACUUAACCACGGAACCGUCUCUCUUCUUGCGAUACAAACUGCGUCGGAGGCGAGAGAGAGGACAUGGAAAGCCAAACCGAGAACCCAACCAGGGCUGUGGAAUAUUUGAAGGAGCUUAACAAGAUCAUCGAGACCCAGCAGGAGCUGCUGGAGAGGCAGAGAGGACGGAUAGAGGAGCUGGAGCAGCAAGUGUCCGAUCUGUGCGCGGAGAACGGCUGUCUGAAAGAGGAGUACCAGCGGCACCUGGCAACCUGCAGGCUGCUGCAGGGCAGCAACAGCCUGCAGGUUGCUCUGGGAGCCAUCAAGGAGCACAUCACACAGGAAAAGUCUGAAUGUGACUCUUCCAGAAUAGUCAGGAGACAUGCCUCCCUACCUGUCGAAGUCACAGAGAAUCCUGGGUGGUUGGUGUCUGCCGGCUGCAGAAGAGUCGUCCCCUGCCGUAAAUGGAAGUCUUCCUUUGGUGUGGAAGGGGAUGGACGGCCCAAUGAGAGUGGCCCUUCCCUGGAUGGUGGAGCCGGCUAUGGCCAGGGCCCGGUGACUCACGGCUCGGCCAUCAGCCCCGACCGGUUUGACAGCCCGCUUUACAGCCACGGGGUCCAACCGGGGCCUCAGAGACCCCGUCGACCCAAGCUCCAGCACUCGCAGUCCAUCCUCCGUAAGCAGGCCGAAGAGGAGGCCAUCAAGCGGUCCCGCUCGCUCUCUGAGAGCUACGAGCUCUCUGCUGACCUCCAGGACAAACAGGUGGAGAUGCUGGAGCGUAAAUAUGGCGGACGAUUCAUAACCCGGCAUGCGGCCCGCACCAUCCAGACAGCCUUCCGCCAGUAUCAGAUGAACAAGAACUUUGAACGUCUCAGGAGCUCCAUGUCUGAGAACCGCAUGUCCAGACGCAUCGUUCUGUCCAACAUGAGGAUGCAGCUCUCGUUCGAGGGCCCGGAGAAAGUGCACAGCUCCUACUUUGAAGGGAGGCAGGUGUCCAUGACGGAGGACGGAACCCCGCUGUCCAUGGUGCAGUCUGAAUGUGGAGACAUAGAGGUCCACCAGCAGGCCAACAUGGCGUCUCACCCAGCCCCGCAGGGUGACCUGACCGAUGCCAUCACGGAGCUGGAGGACGCCUUUUCCAGGCAGGUCAAAUCUCUGGCUGAGUCGAUAGACGAUGCACUGAACUGUCGCAGCCUUCAGGGGGACGAGGGUCCUGACCCGGAGGCCAUGGGCUGCUCCAAGGCGGAGAGGGAAGUGCCCUAUAAGGUGAAGUCCCACCGCAGGGCAGCUGGACGAAUGCACGAUGAAACGUUGGCGUCCUAUAGCGAUGUUACUCUGUUCAUCGACGAGGAGGACAUGUCCCCCUCUAUUGCUCGGUCGAGGUCAGGGGACCAGCCCUCUAGCACAGAAUCAGACUUGCGGUUGCGGUCAGUCAACUCCUCCUCCCAGGACUACUGGCCUAUUGACCCCAAAGAUGAGGGUCGUGACACAGAUACGAGCUGCCGCAGCACUCCGUCUCUAGAGUGCCAAGAGCAGCGUCUUAGAAUGGACCAUCUUCCCUUGUUGACCAUAGAACCUCCGAGUGACAGCUCCGCAGAGCUCAGCGACCGGUCUGAGCGCGGCUCCGUCAAACGGCCGCCUGUGUACGAACCGCACGGCCACAUCGUGACGUCAUCCCAGGCGAGCCCCAAACACAUUUCCCACGGACCCCCACCACGAGCUUCCUCCCGUGACGAUGACGCACCCCUGCGCCACCGCCACCGCCAGCUGGAAGGCCACUUAGCCAUCAACGGCUCGGCCAACCGACAGAGCAAGUCCGAAUCUGACUUCUCCGACGGGGACAACGACAGCAUCAAUAGCACAUCCAACUCUAACGACACCAUCAACUGCAGCUCCGAGUCCUCGUCGAGGGACAGCCUACGGGAGCAGACGCUCAGCAAGCAGACUUACCACAAGGAGACUCGCAACAGCUGGGACUCGCCCAUCUUCAGUAAUGAUGUUAUUCGCAAGAGAUACUACCGCAUCGGCCUGAAUCUCUUCAACAAGAAGCCAGAAAAAGGCGUCCAGUACCUGACUGAGAGGGGAUUCAUCCCUGACACACCGGUCGGCGUGGCUCACUUCCUGCUGCAGAGGAAGGGACUGAGCAGGCAGAUGAUUGGAGAAUUUCUCGGCAAUCGACAGAAACAGUUCAACAGAGAUGUCUUGGACUGUGUGGUAGAUGAAAUGGACUUCCAGAGCAUGGAGCUGGACGAGGCUCUCAGGAAAUUUCAGAACCACAUCCGUGUCCAGGGUGAGGCCCAGAAGGUGGAGCGGCUCAUCGAAGCCUUCAGCCAGCGCUACUGCAUCUGUAACCCCACGGUGGUGCGGCAGUUCAGGAACCCUGACACCAUCUUCAUCCUGGCGUUCGCCAUCAUCCUCCUCAACACCGACAUGUACAGCCCCAACGUCAAGCCUGAGAGGAAGAUGAAGAUGGAGGACUUCAUCAAGAAUUUAAGAGGUGUGGAUGACGGGGAGGAUAUCCCCCGCGAGACUCUGGUCGGCAUCUAUGAGAGGAUCCGUAAGCGCGAGCUCAAGACCAACGAAGACCACGUCUCGCAGGUGCAGAAGGUCGAGAAGCUCAUUGUGGGAAAGAAACCAAUUGGAUCGCUCCACCACGGCCUGGGAUGUGUGCUGUCACUGCCCCAUCGCCGGCUGGUGUGUUACUGCCGUCUGUUUGAAGUGCCAGAUCCCAACAAGCUCCAGAAGCUGGGCCUGCAUCAGCGGGAGAUCUUCCUGUUCAACGACCUCCUCGUGGUAACCAAGAUUUUCCAAAAAAAGAAGAACUCGGUGACGUACAGCUUCAGACAGUCCUUCUCUCUGUACGGGAUGCAAGUCAUGCUGUUUGAUAAUCAGUGUGACUGUAGUUCAGACGUGUUGUUGCCUUUAAGAUAUGCGACAGCUGCUCUCUUGACUCUUAAAAAUCAAAAACACUUUUGAAAUCUUCUUUUGCCUUGUUUAGUAUAUUUCUUUUAUUCACCAACACGGUUUUGGCGAGUGACUAAAAUCAGUUCUUACAUAGUGAAGUAUUUUUUUCUAUCAUAUGUGCAAUAUCUUUGUACUGAUGUUGUACAUUAACAACAAGCAAAGCGUCCCUCCAAUUUGUGGGUUUUUUUUUUUUUUUUCUUCUUUCCAUGUUGCGUCAUUAUUUAUUUAUAUUUGUUUUGGACCCCAGUCAGAGUCUUUCUCAGUAAAUUAAUGUGCGGCUGUCCUCGCGGUCUUAUGAGAGGCACAGACUUGGAGUUCAGUGGAAUGUCUUAGUGAGUGAUUUUUGCAUGUAAUGUUAUUAAUGUGAGGCUAUCCUCUGCACAUUGUAUAACAAAUCAGUGUUACCAUAGCAAGUUUAAGUGCAAUCAUGUUCAGAAAAACGCAGACUUGCACUGAGAGUGGAAGUCUGUUAUCUUGUUGUCCAGGACGAGCUUCAGGUGAAAAAAAAAUACAACUUUUUUCAUUUAAGAAUAUAUAUAAAUACUUACUUACACAGUUCACAGUGGAAAGAGGAAUGUGUGUAUAUAUUUUAAUAAAAAGGAAUAAUGCUUCUCUUUGGGCUGAACAGAAAUAUUUUGCUGGAUAAGCACAUAUGAAAGAACACUUUCAUUUCUUUCAGGAAAUGCAGUUAUAAUAUACAAAAUGCAAACUGAACAAAGGAACUGGGUCUAUGUAAAGAAUAACUUUCUACAUCUUACAAAUAAGAGUCUAUUCUAGUGUGUAAAUUAGUGACUGUUUGUCCCGAUAUUCAGGUUGUAAAUGUAUUUUAACAUUCACAAAGAAAAACCAUUGCCAUAAGUCAGGCUUAUUUUCACACAUUUCUCCUCAUGUGAAGGAAAGUUCAGAGGACAGACAUAUCAUGGGACAUUAAUUGAAUGUGUCUUUCCAUUGAUUUCAUAUUGUUUUGCUAUAAAUCUGAAAUCUUGGGAUGAUGUAAAACCGAGGAAUCUGUUUAUUUUUGGUGUGUGUUGUAGUGCUUCAGAUGUCUACAGUCAUUGUUUGUGAGAAAGUACCCCAACGAUGCACUGCAUGGAUCAUCAUGUGUCCUUUUCACUGUGAGCUGAUGGGGGGAAAAACAACAUCGGCCUAUACAUUUUGACUUUUGGUUUUUGAUUGAUUUGGUUGACGUGUUCUUGUUGCUCCAUUUUAGGCUGGUAGUUAUCGAAGCUCAGCAUGCAUUACAUCAACAAAGCCAUUGUGUAAAUUACAAACACUGCACUUCUGUUGCUGAGGGCUUUCAUCGUGUAAAUACGGGACUGUGGUGUGCUAACGGAUGAACUGCUUGGAAGGAUGGUUUGACUUUAAGAAGCUGUAAAGGGACCAAGACGGGGGUGGGGGGGUUAAAGCAGCUGUACAUAAUGUGUAUAUGAUCAGUACUCUACUCUGAUAUCUGCAGUUAACACCAGGAUGUACAGUAUAUACAUCACCUCAUAGAUGGAUUAGAGGGGUGGUAUAUGAAUUUAUCGAUUGUCUCUGCCUCCAGCUGUUGUGAACGGACAUUUGCUGUAGAAAUCAGAAACAGACUGUUAGAAAGUUCGCUGCCAUUUACAUCCAGCUCUCUUUUCAUACACACACACAGACAAAACACACACACAUCCUGCUGCAAGCUGUUCAGUCUGGCGUGAGACACAUUUUAAAAAGAGUAAAAAGACAAGAAUGGCCUCAUUUCUAUGUGCAUUCUGUUUGUACAGUGAGUAGUGAGUCAGUAAGACCCCAGUUAUUGUAAAACUUCAACUGUGACAAUGUUGAGAACGCAAAAUAAACAAAUAUAUGACUUAUGGUA